GCCUGCGGGGCAUGAAUCAGCGUCCCCCAGGCUCCGCAAAGACACGCCCCGCCCCGUCCGGGGUCGGAAGGACUCUCUCCCUACAAAAAGCGGACACCCACAACCGACACCCAGGUCAGGCCGCCCUGAGUGUGGACUCUGCGCACCUUUCUCCGGCCAGUGCAUUCUGGAGAUCCCUCGCCUUGCGGGCCACUGAAACCUGGACACCAUGGACCCUACCGGUACCCUCGGGCUGUUGGUUCUGCCCUUGCUCGUGAUGGGGACUGCCCUGGGCGAUGUUACUCAGGACCGGCCAGGAAACAACGCGGAGGUCUGCCUCCUGCCCCCAGAGGUAGGGCCCUGCCGGGCCCGGAUCCCCAGUUUUUACUACGACAGGUACACGCAGAGCUGCCGCCAGUUCAUGUACGGGGGCUGCGAGGGCAACGCCAACAACUUCGAAUCCCCGGAGGCCUGCGAGGAAGCUUGCUGGAAAAUCGAGAAAGUUCCCAAAAUUUGCCGGUUGGAAGUCGGUGAGGGGCAGUGUGGUGAGACCAGAGGAAACUAUUUCUUCAAUCUAAGUUCCAUGGCAUGUGAAAAAUUCAUGUCUGGUGGGUGUCACCGCAGUGGGAACCAGUUCCCGGAUGAAGCUACUUGCAGGGACUUCUGUACACCAAAGAAACGUCCAUUAUAUUGCUACAGUCCAAAAGAUGAGGGCCUGUGUUCCGCCAGUGUGACUCGUUACCAUUUUAAUCCAAGACACAAAACCUGUGAGGCUUUCACCUACACUGGCUGUGGGGGAAACCACAAUAACUUUGAUAGCAUAAAGGAUUGCAAACGUGUUUGCGUAAAAGGCUUGAAGAAGAAAAAGAGUAAGAAAAUGCCAAAGUUUCUGUUUACUAACAGAAACCUGGAAAUUCAGAAGAAGCGAUUUUAACCAGUUUUUUUUGUUUGUUUGUUUUUUGGGUAUUACCUUGUGAAUGCUAUUGCCUUUAUGGUUACAUCUGAAGAAUAAUAUGAGAACCUGAGUAAAUGAAUCACUAGUGAUUUAUUCACCAGUUUUUAUUGAUCAAAGUUACUUUUUAAAAAUGUACAUUUUUAUACACCAUUAGCUGCUACUUAAAUGUGAAUCUAUUAUUUUUCAUGUGCUGUUCAACGGUGUUUUAUGGGUUUGAAUUCUUGCUGUGCAUAAGAUAUAAAAGUAAAUAUGACUCACCCAGUUGUUGGGGUUGCUCUUCUGAUUUCAGACGAUGAUAGUAACUGGAAAACAUAAGACAAUAUAGUCAUGUUCUUUUAACCCAUAUGAUGAUAAAAAGAGCCAGCAAAUACAUUUAAUUUUGCAUUUAAAUGUUAGAUUACAUUUUAGGCCCAAGGUGACAAACUUGUAGAUUUACCAACGGUUUGAAAAUAUUACAACUGGAAUAUAGACACUAACUUACUUCCAUUGCUGUUGUAUCAUUUAAAAGAUAAUAAAUUUUUGACUGAAUUAAAAGCUUGUAAAUUUAUUAAAAUCAGAAAUGUUCUUAGAGGGAAAACAUUCUCUUUCUUUGUC